AACUUGCUGGUCCUUAUUUGAGUCCAAUUAUGUAAUUGGGCUGCUAAUGACAGCGAGGGACUCUAACUAGCUUUAAUGAGUUAUUCAGGUGGAGAUGGAGGCAGCAGCCUUGCGCUGCAUCAGAUGCUGCAGAACUGCAAGCCUGCAAGACACAACUACUCCUGGAUACACUUUGCUUCUCCUUCUUCUUCUUCUUCUUCUUCUUCUUCUCCAAAUCUAAUCAAGUGGAUUCAUCCCCACACCUUCUCCUGAUCACCUCAGUCGCUGCGAGGCGGACGGACCAAUGGGCUCGCCGCCUGGAGGGCGCGGACCAAUCAGCGGCGGCCAGGAAUGAAUAUUCAUGAGUGGCAGAUUCAAACCUCCGGGGGAGUUUAUCUCGGUCCGCAGCAUCACACCUGCCACUUUCCACGGGCACAAACGGAAUUUUCUUAUGAAUGGAAGGAGAAAAAAGCGGUGCGACUUAAAUCGGGAGCCCUCCCGGUCUGAACUCACACGACAAAAGCCGGAGGAAGACGGAAGAUGACAAUGACCACAAUCCCAGAAAGUCUCAACAGUCCCGUCUCAGGAAAAAGCGUCUUCAUGGAGUUCGGACCUCCGAGUCAACAAAUGUCUCCGUCCUCCAUGACGCACGGACACUACCCGGUGCACUGUUUACACUCGGCGGGCCACGGCCAGCACGACAGCUAUAGCCCGGGCCCCAACUUCCCCCGAACCCUGGCCUACCCUUACAUCAACUCGGUGGGCAACCACUCCAGCAGCGCCUACCUCGGCUCGGUCCAAACGUACCAGAACAGCAGCGCCCUGCCCCAGACCCGCUUAGAGGACGCAGCACCGGAACCGGGCAAGAACGCGGUGGUCGAAGGCGGAGAGGUUCGCUUCAACGGGAAAGGGAAAAAGAUCCGAAAACCUCGAACCAUCUACUCCAGUUUGCAACUCCAAGCCCUCAACAGAAGAUUUCAACAAACGCAAUAUUUGGCCUUACCGGAAAGAGCCGAGCUCGCCGCGUCUCUGGGACUCACCCAAACACAGGUGAAGAUUUGGUUUCAAAAUAAGAGGUCCAAGUUCAAGAAACUGAUGAAGCAAGGCGGCGGCACUAUUGACACUAACGCUUUGGCCACCGGCCGUGGACUCUCCAGUGGUUCCCCGACGGUCGCGCCCGUCUGGAGCGCGCCCACCGCCUUGAAGACGUCAGUCGGCACCACCGGGUCUUACAUCCCGGCCUACACGUCGUGGUACCCCGGUGCGCACCAGGAGUCUAUGCAACAGUCCUCCCAGCUCAUGUGAACACACACACACACACACACACACACACACACACACACACACACACACACACACACACACACACACACACACACACACACACACACACACACACACACACACACGGUCGGGACACCUGCCAAGGUGUGUCUGGGGGAGGUGAGAGAGGUGGGGGGGUGUCGGACUUCGCACCCACCCACCCACAGGUCAUGACGUACAACACCGACUGUGGAGUUCACCUCAAACCGGAACCAGAAAGAAAAAGCUGAGAAACUUGAACGAGGAGCUUUUUUUUUUUUUUUUUUUUUUCCCCACAAGCGGAUCAUUAUUCAUGAACCAUUGUUUUGCUGCUCUUUUAUAUCUUUUUGAAUCAUAUUUGUGGAGACAAACUGCACCACGCAGGCUACAAUAAACCUAUAUUUGUUUUCUUUAUUGCGUUACCCACCAUUAGUAAGUAAGACAUUAUCAUUUGCACCAAAUGAAAUAAUAACCCAGCAAAAUGUAAAAAAAAAAAAAAAAAAAAAAAAAGCCUCAACUUGUUUGUAUGUGUUUAUUAUUUAAGUUAAAUUAUUGGAACGUUUUUCCCCCCUGUUGAGGCCGGUCUUGUGUUGAUUUGUGUGUUUAAAAUGAGACAACAUUGUGUUGUCAUGCUGCACUAUAUUGUUAUUGUUUUUUUUCCCAGAGUGGGAAAAAGGCCUGGCUAUUAAAAGCUGCACCAGAAACAAAAAUGAUAUUACACACCAGACGAGCAGCUCAUUUUUCUCCCUGUAUUUUGUAGAUAUACAUUGAACAAAACAAAAAUAUUGUUUUGUGCUUUACUGGCUGUGAAAGGUUUUAGACUUGGUGUGUUCGUCCACUUUGUGUUUAGUCCACAUAGAAAAGAUUUAGUUUUGUAUUUUUUAUUUAUUGCCUCUAUAUAUGUACAUACUGUGCACAUUUUCACAAAGCAGUAAAAUGAUAUAAAUUAUGUGAAUA